AAAAGUAAAAGCUGACGGCCGGGCAGAGGACAAAACCACGCGGACUCCGCUAAUAUUUUCGUCGCCCCUGGUCGAUCAUACACGAUACGCACGGCUGCGUCUGAGGAACAAACCAAGAGAAGGGAGAAGAGGAGAGCACCGGUGAGGGAUCCAUGGCCGGGAGGUCGAGGUACGACAACCCCUUCGAGGAGGGCGGCGCCGACGAGGUCAACCCUUUCGCGGACCAAGCUAAAAGAGGAGUGUCCGCUGAUCAGUCCAGCUAUUCCGGAGGUGCAUUCUACACAACGCAAUCGCGCGCUGCUCCUCCGAGCACACGCCUUUCGCCUCUUCCUCCUGAGCCAGCUGACUUCUACAAUGACUUUGCUACCCCAGUGGAUAUCCCCAUGGACACAAGCAAGGACAUGAAGACAAGGGAGAAGGAGCUUCUGGCCAAGGAGGCCGAGUUAAACAGGCGUGAGAAGGAAAUCAAAAGACGAGAAGAGGCUGCAGCACGAGCUGGCAUUGUAUUGGAAGAGAAAAACUGGCCUCCGUUUUUCCCCAUCAUUCAUCAUGAUAUUGGCAAUGAGAUACCUGUCCAUUUGCAAAGAACACAAUAUGUCGCCUUUGCGUCACUCUUAGGAUUGAUCCUGUGCCUGUUUUGGAACAUCAUCUGUGUUACUGCUGCUUGGAUAAAAGGGGAAGGUCCUAAGAUAUGGUUUCUUGCAAUCAUAUACUUUAUUCUCGGAUGCCCAGGUGCCUACUACCUUUGGUACCGGCCACUGUACCGUGCCAUGAGGAAUGAGAGUGCUCUGAAAUUUGGAUGGUUUUUCCUGUUCUACUUGGUCCAUAUCGCUUUCUGCGUGUACGCAGCUAUUUCUCCUUCAAUUCUCUUUGUGGGAAAAUCGUUAACAGGGAUUUUUCCAGCAAUCAGCUUGAUAGGCAACAGUGUCAUUGUUGGGAUCUUCUACUUUAUUGGCUUUGCAUUGUUCUGCCUGGAGUCUUUGCUGAGCAUGUGGGUCAUUCAGCGUGUUUACUUGUACUUCCGGGGCAGUGGGAAAGAAGCGGAGAUGAAGCGGGAGGCGGCACGCAGCGCAGCAAGAGCAGCAUUUUGACACACUGCAUGAGUACACACACACACACACACAUAUAUAUAUAUAUAUAUGUAUGUAUGUAUGUAUGUAUGUAUGUAUGUAUAUAUAUAUGUGUAUGUAUGUAUGUAUAUAUAUAUAUAUAUGUAUGUAUGUAUGUAUGUAUGUAUGUAUAUAUAUACUGUGCACACCUUAAAUAUUGAAGUGCUUGUAAAUCAACAGACAUGUAGAAUUGUCGUUAUACGUAGAAUUGGGUUGAUGUGCUGUAGUUCUUCAGAAUUUUUUCUAACUUUCAGCUGAGUUUUGAGCCCUUAAGAUUGAACCAUCCUGUCAGUAUUAAUAUGGAGUAUGAUGUGUAAGCCUGGGUGGUUUGUUUCAUAUGUGCGAUUGCUCUGUCCCGUCUUCUCAAUUAUUUUUCUUAGCAUUU